CAAUGAUUUUAUGCCUUCGACAUAAUAAUCCACAUGAACACUGAAAAAUUCUUUCGAGAUAGUAGCACAGAAGAAUGCUUGCGCUGGCUAAGGUUGCCUCACCAUUUUUGUCAAGCAGGAUAAGCUUCACACUCAAAAGCAAGAGCAAACAAAGAGCUACCGGCUACACACAUGCUCAUUCCUCCAAUGGGAAGUACAUGAGAAGGGCACAGGUGAAUGACCUGGUGUUACUGGGAAUCGAAACAAGCUGUGACGAUACAGGGGCUGCUGUGGUUACUAGUGAUGGUAAAAUUCUCAGCCAAGUCAUAUCUUCACAAGCAGAUUUGUUGGUUCAAUAUGGAGGAGUAGUACCUAAAAUGGCAGAAGAGGCACAUGCACAAGUGAUUGACAGGGUGGUUGAACAAGCAAUUCAGAAUGCCAAAUUGAAACCAUCAGAUUUGACAGCAGUUGCAGUGACCAUUGGCCCUGGUUUAAGCCUUUGCUUACGUAUUGGUGUGAGAAAAGCAAGAACCAUUGCUGGUAAAUAUAGUUUGCCAAUGGUUGGUGUCCAUCAUAUGGAAGCACAUGCUCUUGUUGCUAGGUUGACAGAAAAGGAGCUAGACUUUCCAUUCUUGACUCUUUUAGUUUCUGGUGGUCACAAUCUUCUUAUCCUAGCACAAAAUGUUGGUCAAUAUAUACAACUAGGUACAACCAUAGAUGAUGCAAUUGGAGAAGCAUACGACAAAAUAGCAAAAUGGCUGGGGCUUGACAUGAGGAAAGGUGGUGGACCAGCACUAGAAGAGCUUGCUCAGGAAGGCGAUCAAGAUUCUAUUAUGCUUUCAGUGCCCAUGCAAAAAUACAAGGAUUGCAAUUUCUCAUAUGCUGGCUUGAAAACUCAAGUACGAAGGGUAAUCGAGUUCAAUAACAUCAAUGCAAUCAGUGUUCCUAUUAUUUCUGCAAGCUGUGAGGACCGAAAACUACGGGCAAAUAUUGCUGCUUCUUUCCAGAGAGUUGCUGUUUUACACUUGGAGCACAAAUGCGAGCGAGCAGUUGAAUGGGCCCAGAAGAUGGAACCAUCUAUUAAAACUUUGGUUUUAUCAGGAGGUGUUGCUUCAAAUAAAUAUGUACGAAUGCAGCUCGAUAAGAUUGCAAAGAAGCAUAACUUGAAGCUUGUUUGCCCACCUCCAAACCUUUGCACAGAUAAUGGUUUGUCCAUCUUUUUUUCCCAUGACCUUUGAGUCGGCUUUGACACU